CCCCGGGUGGGUGCUGGAGGCUGUGCUCUGUCAGCUGCUCUGCUCAGUCGUCCCUCGGGACGGGGGCCCUGACUCUGGGAUCUUGAGUUCUUCAGAGCGCUGAAAAAUGUCAGGUUUUCUUGAGAACUUGAGGUGCUCGGAGUGUGUUGACUGGGGAGAGAAACGAAACACGAUCGCUUCUGUUGCUGCCGGAGUGCUGUUUUUUACAGGUUGGUGGAUAAUCAUAGAUGCAGCUGUAAAAUACCCUAAGGUGGAAGAUUUCAACCAUUCGUACCAUGCUUGUGGGGUUAUAGCCACUAUUGCAUUCCUAAUGAUCAACGCGGUGUCUAAUGGACAAGUGCGGGGUGACAGUUACAGUGAAGGCUGUCUGGGACAAACAGGUGCUCGGAUCUGGCUGUUCAUCGGUUUUAUGAUGGCUUUUGGAUCUCUGAUUGCUUCCAUGUGGAUCCUUUUUGGAGGCUACGUUGUUAAAGAAAAAACAGUAGUGUACCCAGGAAUAGCUGUGUUUUUCCAGAACGCCUUCAUCUUUUUUGGAGGACUGGUCUUCAAAUUUGGUCGCACGGAAGAUUUGUGGCAGUGAACACGCCCGUGGAAGUGCAUUGGCCGUGCUGGUUUUUUAACUGCACACUCCCAAAAUUUUGUAAAACCGUUUUGUAAAGGGUGACCUUCAAUUGUGUCUAACGCUAAACCAAGGCAAACUUCAAUCAUAGGACUAAAAAUUCUGGUUCUAUUCUGUUUCAUUUUUUUACUCUCGUAUGUUGAUUUAAAUGUUGUACUGGUUUUGAGAAAUGUAAAAUCGCUACGCGUAACAACGGAAGUCACUUUUACAAUAGGGUGUCUGCUACAGGUAAGCAGUAUAGUGGAAGAUGGAUGUAUUUAACCAGCUGUUUCUAUGAAGUUAUUUACAAUCCGAGACGUACUAAAACUGCUUUAAAACAACUUUUUAACAUAUAUUUAUUAAGUAUUUCCUAUAUCUGGACAAUAUAACCAUUCCUUCAAUUUCAAAACUUAACUGGUGUGUGGCUUUUCUUGCAUAAUACAGCACUAUGCUGCUUUAGGAUUCCCCCCUCCCCCCAAAAAAAUAUUUAAUUUAUCCUAUGGCGAUAAGGAGGUAAUCUCUGGUGAGUAACAACUUACUGUUGCUGUGACGUCGUAGAGGCACAAGUACAAAUUGCAUCGGGGCUCUAGGUGGAAGUAGCUCAUCCGCCAGGCUCGCUGUAAGCUAUGUUCUAAGCGCUGUAAAACAAGCCAAGAGAGCUCUUCACGCCAGAGCUGUGUCUCCAGGAGGGUACUCCUCAGACCAGGGAGGGAAUUUGGGUCCUGUAGCGUACUCACUGGAAAGGUGAGGGAGCUCUUCCUCUCUCCGCUCCUUUCUAUACGUUCACUGAGGCUGGGUGCUCAGGAAGUCAGUUAUAAAAGACAUGUGGGGCAAAGAGAGGGAAUAAAAUCCUGUUCCUUAAAAAGCGCUCCUGCUAGAAAACAGCAGAAGCUGUUGGCGCUGCAGAAGUUAGGCUGGGUUGGUGGCUGGCACGUUAAGCCAGUGAAGCACAGGAGCUGAGCCUGGAGUACGCUACUGCCCAGGGAGUAGCGCGUUAAGCGUGAGGUAACGCAAAUGUGUAAGCCUGCGUGCAGGCCCAGUGUUGCCAUCAGCCGGCAGAAGCUGUGGGCAGCUGAAAAACUCAGCGGAUCACUGGCUCUUCCGUGGCCUGGAAAUAAAGACAAACUGGCCCUUCCUCCGCACGUAACAUUUCAUUACUUGAAACCCAUCUCACACUUCUUUAACUGCGGUGAUCCACUUCGCUUAAUGCCUGAUGACCGAACUGAGGUCAGCGCACAAUACUGCGUCGAAGAACUCGUGCUUUGUCUUCAAGGUUACAUUUUUCCUCAUUACUUCAUUUUUUAAGCGUGCUGAAUAAAUAAGAACAAUCACAUUUUGACUUUUUUUAUUAGGGAAGCAUUUUGGAAAGAGGUUUUUUUAUGUCAAUUAGUUUGAAACAAAGAAGACACACUGAGGAUCACAAUCCAUUUAAAAACAAGGGUUUGCUUGCACAGAAUCCUCUGCCUGACCGGGCCCUAGCGCAGGCACCAAAGCCCCUGCUCAUCUGAGCGUACAACAGCUUCACGUAAGGCGCUUCAGAAAUGGGCUCUUCCCCGCGAGUGCCGAAGGCUGUUCCCCAGCCUCCCCAGUUGUCGGCACCCUUAGGGCAGCCAGAGCCUUUUGGUGCCUUCCGCCACGGCACAGCCAGGCUGUUCCGAGAUUUGCUGCCCACUCAAAUACAAGUAAAUGCCAUUGAUCUCCGGGGCACCACCCAGAAGCAGAACAAUUUAACUUCUUGCCAACUGGACUUCCAAACAGCUGGCCGGAGCCCAGGAAGUAUAGAUUUUUCUUUAAGCAGUCAGAUAACUCAGAAGAGCUCAGUCUGGCAAGAUGCAGAGUUCCGGCCCUGAUCCAGCUCGCUCAUCAAAUCCUUGCUUAACAAGGCCUUCAACAGAAUUAAUUUAGCUUAAAAACAAGUGCUUUAACGCUUGGCUAGGUAAGAGUGAGUAUGUACUCCUUGAAAAAUGAUACUUUAAAAUACAUAUUUUGGCUUUUAAACUUGGAAGCUAAAAAUAGUUUAAAGUUUCCAAGCAUUUUGAUGGAUAAGCCAGUACAGCAAUGAACGCAGCCAACUUUUUUGUACGCAUCCUUAAAAAAAAAAAAAAUUGAAGGUAACACCAACAAAGCA